AUUCCUCUCCACAUCAGCAUUGCAUUCAAAUCAAAUAUGAAUGGAUUAGGAGCAGAAACGCAGUUUCAUGUGCUUGCUGUUGAUGAUAGCAUCAUUGAUAGAAAAUUGAUUGAGAGGCUUCUCAAAACCUCCUCUUAUCAAGUUACUGCUGUGGAAUCCGGAGUUAAGGCUCUCGAAUUCCUAGGAUUGGUUGGCGAUGAAGAAUUUUCAAAUUCAAAUUCGAAGUGCCAAAGUGUUGAAGUGAAUCUGAUCAUCACAGACUACAGCAUGCCAGCAAUAACCGGCUACGAUCUCCUUCGGAAAAUUAAGAAAUCGACGUCGUUGAGAGACAUUCCGGUGGUGAUAAUGUCAUCGGAAAAUGUUCCGUCGAGAAUCAACAGCUGCUUGGAGCAUGGAGCGGAGGAAUUCUUCCUCAAACCAGUGAGACAAUCUGAUGUGAACAAGCUCAGGCCACAUUUGAUGAGAGGCCAAAAAAAUGUCCCAAAUCUGAACAAGAGAAAGCCUGUUGAAGAAUGCCUCUCGCCUGAUCGGAUAAGAGCAAAAUUGAAUCAUGAUUUGGAAUGAUUUUUUCUUUUUCUUUUUUUUUAGAAUUUUUAGUAUCAAAAUUUUGGGUUAAUUGGUUUAUUGACAAAGGUAGAAACUACUAUACACAUAUUUGUUUAAUUUAUGUGUAAAUAUAAUUACUGGUCGUUUUGUGUUGUUGAUUA